UCCUGAGCGGUACAGUUUCACACAAAUACACACCAGCAUUGGCUAGACGGAGGCUGCGUUCUGCCAAAAGGCACGUUGGGGAUAGGCAGUUAUAAAAAAGAAGGGGGAGAAAGAGUCCAGCAGCUCUCUCACACCGGACUCAAGCAGGAUUUGCACCAUGAAGACCAGACUAGGUUGCCUGUCCCACAAAUCUGACUCCUACAAUGACUUCUCUGAGUUCCUGCCUCCCGCCCACGAGACCACAGCCAGGUGUCUGAAACUAUCAACGGAUGAAGUUGUUCGAUGGUCUGAAUCCUUUGAUAGCCUCCUCACUCACAAAUAUGGGCUGGCAGCUUUCCGGACAUUUCUCAAGUCAGAAUUCAGUGAUGAGAACAUUGAGUUUUGGAUGGCCUGUGAGGACUACAAAAAAAUAAAGAGCUCAGCUAAGCUGGUGUCGAAAGCAAACAAGAUAUUUAAGGAGUUCAUUGAGGUUCAGGCACCAAGAGAGAUUAACAUUGACUACCGUACCAGGGAGAGGACUAAGCAGAGCCUGACGGAUCCCAACCCAACCAGCCUCAAUGAAGUCCAAGGUAAAAUCUACAGCCUCAUGGAGAAAGACUCCUACCCACGGUUUCUCAGGUCCAAAAUGUACCACGAUAUAGUCAACAGGGCACAAGCACGAGGACAACGAAGGUCUGUUUGACAAGCAGUGGCAAUAAAACUGGACCUCUACUGUAGAUCAUUUAUCCUUUGAAAUCUCUUAAUACUGUGAAUCUGCAAGGAUGGGGUGACCUACUUGACUGUUUCCUUUGUCAAUACCAGCUCCAUGCAUGCAAUCCCUCUAGAUAAAACGUGUCUCUGUGGACUGCAGUAUACAGUACAAAGAGUUUGGAUGAUUAUAAGCUAAUGGUUUGCUGAGCAAUCUGAAAAUAUUAAAAUAAAAUGCCCGUGUCAUGCAAUAAUGAUAUUUAUCACAAUAUUUGUUAUGUUUUGUUAAUUCUGGAGCUAUGUUGCUUAUUUAUUUUUUAAAUCAAUCAUGCACUAAGUGAUUAAAUGUAAGACCACAAUGUGUAAAAUUAAAUGGAAGCAAGAGAUAUAGCUUUAAAAGGGCCCUGGUGAACAAAACUCAUAUUAAGGCACAUUUCCAAUAUACCAAUAAAGAAAUCAAAUGAGUUCUGAUCAAAAGGUCCUGGAAGCAAAAGCCAUGAUAAGAACUUCUUAUUUAUUUCAUUUUAUUUGAGCUUAAAUCUGCCCAUCAAGCUCAUCUCCAUGUGCACCUCUGGAUGUUGCUAUUGUUAUCCCUACAUGGAAGUACAGUUCUGACCAACUGCAUUUGUGCACCUGUGUUUUUUAUAGGCAGCGUCAGAAAUUUAGAUUAUUCAUUGUGUACCUCAGUGACUGCAGUUGGUCUGGAACUUGUACAUUUCCAAAGCUGUUUGGUUCGGUGUAGGUUUAAAGGAGAGCUCAGCGGUUGAGUAUGGAUUGUUUUUGCUGUGAUAAUAAACAAAAAAAGGUUAUGGAAAAGUCAGAGUUACUGGUUUGAAAUGAAAAGUGGUCUGCAUGUUAUAUGUUUUCCAACUAAAGCAUCCACCUCAGCCUCUCCCUGUGGACUUUCCAGCUCUGCAUCGCCCUUUUUUCUUAUUUGCUUCCAUUAUAUUACUCUGCCAAGUAGAUGCUGCUAUCACCAUGAAACAUGGAUCAUAUCAAGCUGCACAAAGGAUCUGUUGGGUCCCUUUCUCAGGGACUUUUUAAAAAUGAUGGUUCAUAUAUUUUGGGUCAGACUAUUUGCCAAAUUGUUUUUUUAGUUAAGCUUAAAUUGCCCUUCACACUACAGUGUGCCGCGUAUACAUUUCCAAAUAAAGGUGAUUUAUUUUUUCUUUAUACACUUUAUUUUCUGUCCUUUAGAUAGAGUGUACUGGAUUUACUCAAGCCUUUGCAUUGAGUACUUUUGAUAUACUUUAUCACUGUUGUGGUAAUUAUCAUUAUUGCUUUAUUGCUCAGCCCCGCCACUACUUGUCUUACCGUCUCUGUGAAAUAGACACUGUUGUAUGCAGGUAAUUAGACCUGUUGUGGUAGUUUGUGUGUUUACAAUAAACUGCUAAGUGAGUGACCACUUAAUAUCUGAAACUGUGCCAAAAUAAUGAAUUGCACUUAGAUGUUGUUAUCGCAUAAUACUGUGUAUUUUAAACUGCAGGUAUUCUGUCAGAGCAGAGGUUAGCGUCUCUGUUCAAACUGCUGCAUGCGGUUCAUGCAGUGAUUGAUUCCUGGAUGAUUCUCUUCAUCAUAUCUGGUGGUUUGGUUCAUUUAAGCGAUGUCACUGAAAAUUAGUCAUUAAAUGUAACGAGUUUCUUUUGAUUAUCGACAACAAAAAAGUUUCUAAGUAAAGUUAAAGAGUAAUUAAAAUCCCAUUCUAAAAAUGGAAAUUACAGUGGGUACCUAAUUAACUAAAACUGCAGUAUAAACAGCAGAUGUUUCACCUGUUGAUGAUCUUCCAGUGAAUACCAUCCAAUCUUUUCUGAAAAUAGUUUUCUGCAUGAUGCAAUACUCAUAAUUACUAUUUAUGUAUUCUUAAACAUGUACAGUAUGUUCCAAAAAUUACUGCAGAUAACUUUAUUCACCAUAUGUCAGUGUGCUCCCUCAGCAUUUGAUGUGUUCCCCUAGAAUUAGAUGUGCUCCUGAACAUAUCAAUCCUUUCAAUAAAUUAAAUGAUAAACUUUCCUGAGCACUUAAAGAGUGGUAAAUAUUUUCUUUAGUGCAUGUGUACCACAUAGGCCUGUUUGAACUGGAUUUAAAAAGUCAAAAAACAAAAGCAUAUGUAUGGUAUGUUACUGUGCUCCACAUGAAUGUAACCCCCCCCCCCCCUUCUGUUUUUCAUUAAAAAAAUUAAACUGCAUUUUUUUUGUUGUGCACUGUGACUUCAUUCUCAUUAUACCAAAAAGGUAUUAGAGUUAUGAAAAUGCAUUAUUCCACUGAUCAGGCACGCAGACAGACGGGCUGACCUGGUUUCCCGGCUAUUUUAUGACUGCAAUGAUAGCAGAACGAAACAUUUCUAAUAAAUGAGAAGCCACUUCUCAAUCUAUGUGAUUCACAUUUCUAUUAAAUAUAAACUUUUGAAGAGCAGAUUCAGAAUUCCAAUGUUGUUUGUGUACUUUUGUAUUAAGAUUUUG